GUGGAUGUGGAGUUGAAGAAGAUUCAUUCAAGAUUGAGAUUGGGAUUUUAUUAAUUGAUUUUUUUUAAAAAAAAAUUAACAAUUAAAUGAGAGGGUGAGAGCCCCACUUCAAAGAAGAAGAAGAAGAAGAAGAAGGUGGAGACCAAAGCCUCUUCUUUCUCUUUCUCUCUAUCUCUAUCUCUCUCUUUCAAUCUUGUUUUUGAUGCUGUUCUUGUUGAAACCCAUUGAAAAAACUUGAUUUUGGAGAGAAGUUUGAGAUAAAGGAGCCACCUUUGCAGCUGGACGUGUUCAAAUGCUAGUAAAAAUUCAAUUUUGAGAAGAAGCUUGUUGGGAUUUUGUGGUUUUUGGUUCUAGGUUUAGCUAUGGAGACACCUCCGGCUGAGGAGCUAUUGAAGAAGAUCCAGGAGCUGGAGGCUGGGCAUGCUAUGCUGAAGCAGGAGAUGUCGAGGUUGAUGCCGAGUGGUGGGGACGAGCGGCGGGCUGAACGGCCUCGGUCGCAAUCGGUUUCACCGCAGCGGUCACCGGCGCAGACGCGGAGGAGGAAUAAUGGAGGGUGUGAAGCGACUGGGUCCUCGGUUUGGCGUAAGGGCUCAGUGCCGUUUGGGCACUCGUCUCGGUUGCAGAGAGAGAGCAAGGACUCGAGCUCCAGAGCUGGUGAAGCUCCGGCUAGCAUCGGUCUCUCCGACCGACAGUAUUUGAAUAUCUUGCAGUCCAUGGGACAAUCUGUGCACAUCUUUGAUCUCAGUGGCCGGAUUAUCUACUGGAACCGGACCGCUGAACGGUUGUAUGGUUAUUCUGCAGCUGAAGCCCUUGGCCAGGAUGCCAUUGAGUUGCUUGUCGAUGGCCGUGACUUCAAUGUUGCUAAUAAUAUAAUCCACCGGAUAACCUUGGGGGAGAGUUGGACCGGGAAGUUUCCGGUCAAGAACAAACAGGGCGAGCGUUUUUUAGCUAUGGUCACCAGCACUCCCUUCUACGACGAUGAUGGAAGUUUAGUUGGCAUUAUUUGUGUUUCAAAUGAUUCACAGUGCUUUCAGGAUGCAAUGUCUCCCCUUAGUUUCUCAAAGCCUAAUGCUAGAAUUGGUUGUGGUAACAAAGGUGUUUCUGAUUCUCAACAGCCUCUCCAAGUUGCUCUUGCCUCCAAACUUUCAAACUUGGCUUCCAAGGUGACAAAUAAAGUUCGCUCGAGAAUUAGGACAUCGGAGAAUGGUUUGGAGCGCGAAAGUGCAAGUGGAGACAGUUUAGGUUCAGAUCAUGGCUGUUCCGAUGCUGAUCAUAAGGAGGACGCGACAUCGAGUGGAGCUAGCACUCCUAGAGGAGAUGCACAUCCUUCACCAUUUGGUGUAUCUUCUUCAGUGGCCUUUGAUGAGAAAUCUCCGGGGAAAUCAAGCAAAAGUAACAAUGAGAAAGCUGAUGGGAAGAGUGGAAUUCACAAAAUCAUUAGCUCAAAGGCCGAAGCAUGGAUUGCUAAGAAGGGGAUAUUGUGGCCCUGGAAAGGGAAUGAGCAUGACAGUACUGAUAGUUCUGAUACGAAGAACCCGAGCGAUCAAGAGAAUGAUGUGAGCCAUCCAAAAACUUCUGAAUCUAAUUUAAAGCCGGAAAACCAGGCGAACGAGAACAACCGAGCAGGAAACAAUGAAGCCUCAGGGUCUUGGUCUUCCUUUAAUGCUAACAGUACAAGCAGUGUUAGCAGCAGUGGGAGCACCAGUAGCAGCGCGGUCCAGAAAGUCGAUGGCGAGAAUGACUGCUUGGAUUAUGAAAUCUUAUGGGAGGAUUUAACAAUUGGUGAGCAGAUAGGUCAAGGUUCUUGUGGAACUGUGUAUCAUGCUCUCUGGUAUGGUUCGGAUGUGGCAGUUAAAGUAUUUUCAAAGCAAGAAUACUCAGAGGAUGUUAUACUUUCAUUUAGACAAGAGGUAUCACUCAUGAAAAGGUUACGACAUCCAAACAUACUACUUUUUAUGGGAGCUGUUACUUCUCCACAACGCCUGUGCAUUGUGACAGAGUUCCUUCCACGGGGAAGUUUAUUUCGGCUACUUCAAAGAAACACAACCAGGCUUGAUUGGAGACGACGUAUUCACAUGGCUUUAGAUAUUGCGAGAGGCAUGAACUAUCUUCAUCAUUGCAAUCCCCCGAUCAUUCACCGUGAUUUGAAGUCAUCGAACUUGUUAGUCGAUAAGAAUUGGACUGUGAAGGUCGGAGAUUUUGGCCUUUCACGGCUGAAGCAUGAGACAUAUUUGACAACGAAAACCGGGAAAGGAACGCCACAGUGGAUGGCUCCAGAAGUUCUUCGCAAUGAACCGUCCGAUGAGAAAUCGGAUGUGUACAGCUAUGGUGUAAUACUAUGGGAGCUUGUAACCGAGAAAAUACCUUGGGAUAGUCUCAAUUCAAUGCAGGUGAUUGGGGCUGUAGGAUUCAUGAACCAGAGGCUGGAACUGCCAAAAGAUUUGGAUCCUCAAUGGGUGUCAAUCAUUGAAAGUUGCUGGCAUAGUGAACCAAGUUGCCGGCCGAGUUUCCAAGAGCUACUGGAAAGGUUUAAAGAGUUGCAGCGGCAAACCGUUGUCCAGUCCCAGAUGCAACGUAACACUACUGCAGAAACGGCACAAACUGCACCAAAGUUGAAUCCUCAGGAUUGAUUGUAUCUCCGGCUUAGUGCACCGGCCUCAUUGCACAAUGUUUGUGUGAUGCUUGAGUGAAGAUUUUUGCACAAUUUCAGUCACAGGAUGAAGUUUUAGAUCAGCAUAAGGCAUGGGAAAUACCAUUGUCUUAUUGUAAUGUAUUUGUGUCUCAGGCUGUGCUAGGUUUUGCUUGUCGGUUUCCAUCCCGGAGAACAUGGACAGAGAAGUGAAGUUGACUUUCUCUGCUUGUGAAGAGCAUCAACAAGACCACAACUCUUGUAAUAUACAGUCUAUACUCUUGUAAUAUUUUCCCCUUCUUUUCA